AAUUAUUAAAUCGCAACAAUGGGUGAAUUCGAAGGAAACGAACUUGCCGAAUUACACAUAUAUACACAAACCUUUCGAAUAAUUGCAAAUGUACAAGAAAGAGCAGAAGCUGAAAAAAGAUUCCAAUCCUAUAUCAACAGAGUGUUGAACAAUGGAGAUGACGAGAUCGGGAUCGUAUUCUACAAAGGACAGCUGUUCUCUCACCCUCCAGGAACUAACGAUGCAGGGAAAUAUUCCAUUGAAUUUUACCUGCUCUCAUUGAAGCAUUGGGAUGACCAGAGGCGAAAUAGGCUCUUGACGUCGAACAUCUUCAAGGAAUUGACAGAAAACUUCGCAACACUGGAAAGGGAAGUUUUAAAGCAGCAAUCAGUGUGUCUCAAACGGGAUCCGGUGAGUUUCGACGACCACGCCGAGAAUCUUGGUCAAGUUCCAGGAUGCGAGAAUAUAGAGGGAGAUAACUGCUGCGAAAAGUGCUUGAAUUUUUGGUUAAUUGUUCCCAGAGUCCAGUGGGAUUUUUUCGACCUCCUUUAUCAGAUGUACACUUUUGAUAUCUUCCAUCAAGGCAUGCUGGCUAAGUUUGUUCACUUCUUCACAAUUCCAACCAAUGUCAUGCUGUCCAUGAUGUUUCUCGCCCAGUUCAAUAUUUACGGAGAGCUUUGCUAUGGAAAUGCGUUUUCUGUCAAUGGUGCACUUAUUCUCUUUGGCGUUUUAAGCCUUGCCUAUAUCAUUAUGGGCUUCAUCCGCAAGUGUGUCUUGUGGGGUAUUGCUACUACUGUUGUGUUAGCGGUACUGUACAUGGCGGGAAACCUGUGGUACUACAGCUAUCGGAAUAAGAACAACCCCUGGUAUAACCCAACAAACUGGUACACCAAUCCUCUCAUAUGGAGCUAUGGGAUUUCUUUUCUACAGGCGUCAUCUCAUAUGACAGAAUCACAAAUUCCAGCUUUUAUUACAGGUGUUACUCAUUGGGAAUCUCUGCACAUGUUCUUCUUCAAGAGAAGAAAAACCGUAGAGUCAUGUUGUAAGAAUUGUGGAUUCGUAAUCCUGUCGUUGAUCUGCUUUCCAAUUUUAUCAGUAUCUGUUGCUUGGUUUUCAUGGCCACAUCUGAUUGGCACGGAGGUCAUUUACAUUAUGGCAGGAAUUGGCUAUCGUCCUAAAUUUUUCAAGGAAUAUUUCCGAAUUGUCGAAAAGUCGGAGAGUUUCGGAAAUCCCGUCAUCGACCGCUUUCCCACCAGCCACAAGGACGUUAUGGCCAUCGCGCCAGCUCACGUGGAAUCCAUGAAGAAGUCCCAUCUUCUCUCUGACCAUCCGACUAAUGGCGAAGUCUUCAAAUCCAUUGCCACAUUAAAACUAUCUGCGAUGUAUCUAAGGAAAAGAAGCAAUAUCAAAUCACUGAGUAAAAGUGAAGAAGGACAAAAGAGCACUUUGGAUACCUUAGAUAUCAUGAUAGCGGCACGCAAAGGUUAUUAUGGAAAAAGUAAUACAAGCAAAGUUGGACACAAAGACAAUGAAGGAAAUUCCUCAGUGUAAACAUAUAUCUACUAAAAGGUCUCUUUCUUAUAGUUCUUCUACUAGAAAUUCAUUAUAUACUGAAAAAAAACCCCA